GUUAAGGACAGCGAGUGUGUGAGACACUGUUAAAGCAAACAAUGGAGAAGUUGAAAUUGCUGAUUCCUGAGGAUCUUCUGCAAACGGUGAGAAGCAGCAGCGUCGAUGAUCUUCUCUCCUCUUCUUCUUCUCUUCUCCGUUUGUUUCUCGGUCUUCCCCAAUUUCACCAAGCGGUGAGUGAUUUAGGGGAUCCUGAUUUGGGUUGCUGUAGGAAGAACGAGGAGACAUCUCUGGACUUGAAACGCCGGGGAAAUCUCUGCUUCCGCAGCCGUCAUUUCAACGAUGCUUUGCGCUUCUAUUCCAAGGCUUUGCGUGUCGCUCCUCCUCACGCCAUUGAUGGAGACAAGAGCUUGCUUGCUUCUCUGUUUCUGAAUAGAGCCAAUGCCCUUCAUAAUUUGGGGUUGCUUGAAGAGAGCCUGCGGGAUUGUCAUCGUGCACUCCGGAUUGAUCCUUAUUAUGCAAAGGCGUGGUACAGGAGAGGCAAACUUAAUACUGUUCUUGGAAAUUAUAAAGAUGCAUCUCGUGACAUCACAGUUUCUAUGUCUCUUGAGUCAUCAUCGGUGGGGAAGAAGCAGCUACAGAACGAGCUUAAGGCUAUUCCAGAUUACCAGAAUAAGCAAACAUCGGAACACAGUGAACAUCAUCCAAACAGUUAUGCUGGUGUGGAUCAUCUACCGAGCCUUCAAAGUGAAGUAAAGCUGCGUUGUGUAUCGACAAAAGAGAAAGGAAGGGGUAUGAUGUCGGAAUGUGAUAUUGAACAAGCUUCUGUGAUACAUGUCGAAGAACCAAUUAGUGUGGUCAUAUCAAAAAGUUAUCGGGAAACGCAUUGCCACUUUUGCCUGAAUGAGUUGCCUGCUGAUUCUGUUCCAUGUCCAUCAUGCUCACUACCUGUGUACUGCUCAGAGUCCUGCCAAAUUCAAUCAGGUGGAGCGCUGUCCACAAAAGUGAUGGACAAGCAUCACGUUUAUCAGAAUCUACCUGAUGAUGUUGUGGAGCAUAUCGAAGGCGUUACAUCAGCUGAUAUAUAUUACUCAGAAGAAACUGAGUGCAUUCAAGAACACCAGCAUGAAUGUCGUGGAGCCAAUUGGCCUGCUGUACUGCCAUCUGAAGCUGUUUUAGCUGGUCGAGUUAUAAUGAAGUUAAUAAAUCAAGGGGAAACAGCUAUGGAUCUUUCCAACCUUCAGGAGAUAUUAGAGCUUACUCAUAGCUACUCUGAGAUGAGUCCAGAGAUCAAGUUGGAGUUGCAUCUACUUUCCAUAGUAUUGAUUUGGUGCCUUAAUAAAUCUUGUUGCCCUGAUCUUUCCGUCUGUGAGGCUUCUGUGACACAGACUAUCAUACUGCUGUCACAAAUCAAGGUGAACUCUAUAGCAGUUGUCCGUAUGAAAUCUAGCGGCGACUCUUUAAAGGGCAUCGCAUCUGGAAACGUCUCAGAAAAAGAGUCGAUUCAGAGUUUAGAGCAGCUCAGAGUUGGUCAGGCUCUUUAUAAAACUGCUAGUUUGUUCAAUCAUUCCUGCAAGCCAAACAUCCAUUUAUAUUUCCUUUCACGUGGACUUAUUAUGCGAACAACAGAGUUUGUUCCCAUGGGUUGUCCCCUUGAGCUGUCAUAUGGUCCUGAGGUCGGAAAUUGGGACUGCAAAGACCGCGUUAGAUUUCUUAAAGAGGAUUACUUUUUCCAUUGUCGGUGCCGUGGCUGCUCUCAAAUUAACAUAUCUGAUCUUGUUAUCAAUGGGUAUUGCUGUGUCAGUGCAAAUUGUACUGGUGUAGUUUUGGAUAGUAAUGUGGCCACAUGCGAGUCCGAGAAACUAAAACAUUUUUUGGCUGCUCCAAAAAGCCUAAAUCAUCAUUUUCAGGUGAGUGAAAAGGUGUAUGCUGAUGUCGGUGAAGUGGCUUCAAGUUUGCUUAAUAAACCUAGAGGUUCCCUUGAAAUAGAACCUGAGAUAUGUUUGAUAUGUGGUUCCCGCCGUAACGUGGAAGAUUCGUAUGCCGAGGUGAACAAAGCUUGGAAUGACCUAAGAAGGGUGGGAGAGUUGAUGAAUUCAGGACGUGGCAAUGUCUUCGUAUUAUCAGAUUGUUUAAGAUCCAUCGCCGUGCUUAGAACAUCCCUUCACAUGUAUAACAAAGACAUUGCUAAUGCGGAGGAUAAGGUUGCUCAGGCGUGCUAUCUAGCUGGAGAUCUGAAGGGUGCAAGGAAGCAUUGUGAAGCGUCCAUUAAGAUUUUGAAGAAGCUGUAUGAGGAAGAACACGUGGUGAUUGGAAAUGAAAUGGUAAAGCUUGCUACGAUUCAGCUUGCAUCGGCUGAUUCCAGUGGAGCUCGGGACACUACAAAGACAUUGUCUCAGAUUUUCUCGAAAUUUUACGGUUCACAUGCUGAGAGACUCUUCUCUUAUCUUUAACUCACAAGCAUAUCAAUAAUAGACUUGGUUAGGUUAAAGGUCUGUGUUGUAAUAACUUGGUGAGGUUAAAUAUUUAUUGGUUGUAGUGUGACGCUAGGCUUUAUAAUAGACUCUUUAGACUUUAAAAUAUAAGCCAAAAACUUCAUAUCAUAAUAAAAAAAAAUUAAUUCAAAGUUAA